CUUUCUGGCGCGUUUCCUGGUCAGUGGUUGCCUUUGCUGUCAGCACUUGACUGCCGUCGUGCCUGUAGCUCACAGUCCUGCGGGGUAUAUGCUUCUAAUCGCCUGUGGUCUGCGAAGUUAGAGGUUCCUUGAAAUGAAUGUAAAGAUAAGUCGAUUUUUUGUUUAAGUUCUUGGUUAUUGGAAAUGCAGGAACUGGCAAGUCUUGCUUGCUUCAUCAGUUUAUAGAAAAAAAAUUCAAAGAUGACUCAAAUCAUACAAUAGGAGUGGAAUUUGGCUCAAAGAUAAUAAACGUUGGUGGUAAAUAUGUAAAGUUACAGAUAUGGGAUACAGCAGGCCAAGAACGAUUCAGGUCUGUGACGAGAAGCUAUUACAGAGGUGCUGCAGGAGCUCUCCUCGUCUAUGACAUCACCAGAUGCCAGAAUGCUAGCGAGUCAGAACAUUGUGAUCAUCCUCUGUGGAAACAAGAAGGACCUGGAUGCCGAUCGCGAAGUUACUUUCUUAGAAGCUUCCAGAUUUGCUCAAGAAAAUGAGCUGAUGUUUUUGGAAACAAGUGCGCUAACGGGGGAGAAUGUGGAAGAGGCCUUUGUACAGUGUGCGAGAAAAAUACUUAACAAAAUUGAAUCAGGUGAACUGGACCCAGAAAGAAUGGGCUCUGGUAUUCAGUAUGGGGAUGCUGCCUUGAGACAGCUGCGGUCACCACGUCGUGCACAGGCCCCAAGCGCUCAGGAAUGUGGCUGUUAGAAGCAGCACAAGACUAUACAGGUGUUCGUACAGUGGUAUGUUGGACACAAUUGUCGGACCUUGAAGAAGUUUUUUACCACCAUCUUUUUCUACUUUAUACAGAAGUAGAUAAUUGUGCGAAGAAAAAUAACGUGGGGUGUUGUGCAAGCUCAUAGAUGUGGCACAGCGAAUCAUAUGAUAAAUCUCAUUAAAUGGACAGUGCCAUUAGGUGUAUACAUGUAUGUAAACAUUUUCUGUUCCACAUUUCCCUUUCACUUUCGGUUUCAGUCCUGUGUGCUGUAUAUAUACUCUUGCUCAGUACGUCUCCACAGCAUGGUAUCUGAUGUAGGAUAUGAUAGAAUGUCGCUCUAAAUGCAGUCUAAAAUUUUAUUUUUUUUUAAUCAUAUGAACUGAAAUCUGUUAGUGGUGAGGUGUGCUUCGAUCGUCGUGUCGGGUAUUUUGCACACUUGGUUAUAUCUAAGACUCUGGCAUUGCUGGCCAGCGCCGCGCUUCCUUCCUUCUGUCUGCCACAGUCCACAAAGUGUUGAUGCAAUCCACCCGUGAAAUGCUAGAUGAGUAGUUACUCACAUAUGGAAAUCAAAUGAAAAAUGGAGUUUUUCCAUGAACUUGACACUGUCCAGCACUCUGUUGGUUUUAAAGUAUCUUCUCCAGACCGAUUCAGGAAGCGUAGCCUGAGUGCUUGCUGUGUUUCAGGCACUGAUCAGCGCUAAGGAUGCUGGUACCUUCACCCAAACUUACUAGGAAGUCGAUUCUGCUUUCAGCUGUUCGUAAAUGUGGCAGACGGUGUAAUUUGGGGCUGCUCACCUGUUUUUGGUUUGCUGCUCUAUCUGGUCUCCCUGCUGGAAAACAUUGUGUGUUACUGUGCUUUUCCUGGGAUUUAGUGUAUGAUGUCACUGCCUCUUUAAAUCCUUUAUUGUUUUGUGUUCAUUUUAAGGAAACCCACUAAAUCAAGUUAAUAUUAAAGGAAUACCACUCAUUAAGAAAUUUCUGUAUAGCUUUCGCUGAAUACUUAAAUGCCUUACUACAGUUAUCAAAUUGACAUGUUUUUAAUUCACCUAAGGUAUAUUGAAGUAUAGUGUAUAUUGUAUUACAAAGACUUGUUCUAAUAUUUUAAAAUGUCAAUGCAAAAAACAUACAAUAGAACUUUUCUUUAAAGCUGAAAUACGGUAUUAUUUAAGGCAAAAGGUUAAAAAGCAUUCUUCACCUUCUAUAUGUUCUUUCACUGUGACUUUUAGCUGCAGACUGAUUAGUCGAUCUCAUUGCCUUUCAGUUAGAAGCUGCCCACUGCUUUUGUUGUUUGAUUUAAUCAACAGAGCACAGUGGCACCACAGACUCUGGAAAGUGACCUGGAUGAAAAGAUCAGUAUGUAUCUGUUUUAGGUAUUUUAAUUUUGCUUUUUUAAUGCCAUGGAUAUUUUAUUUUGAAAACUCAGAAUGUGAAGCAAAUUCUCAGACUGAACUACUUCUUAGACCUCUCUGGAAGAACGUUCGAUUCAAUGUCUCAUCUAUGAUCGUUUUGCAGGCUGCUCACUUUUGAACAGCUUUGUGCAUGGGACAGGAGCAUGUCUGUUCUACCACAUCGGUUUAUUCAAAAGCAAGAAUUUUUAAAAUAAGAUGUUAAAUUGGUUUAUAAAUGAGCCUAUUCAUUAAACCACAGGUACUGCAUAUAAUUCCACAUCCUUUGACCAAUAAAAGUUGCUGGAGAACCAAA